AUGGCUCCGUGGAUCUUCUCCGUAUUAAACGAUCUAUUCCAAGCCGGGAGGGGAACGAACACCACCUUCCUGACAGACCAACAAGUCCCCGGCGCCGAUCUGACAGGAAAAUGGAUAAUUAUAACCGGCUCCAAUAACGGCGUCGGCUUCGAAGCAGCAAAAUCCUUCGCAUCAUGGGGCGCAAACCUCAUACUUGCCUGUCGCGAGCCACCAGCAUGGGAACAACACCCAACAGCAGCGGUGAACGAAUGCAAAGACCUCGCCACGGCAAAUGGCCAUUCAUCCACUAUAGAAUGGUGGGCAAUCGACAUGGCAGAUCUCAGCAGCGUUGAAGCAUUUGCCCAAAAAUGGCUACAAUGCGACCGCGCUUUGGAUAUCCUAUGCAACAACGCCGGGAUUGCAGAGCCUACCCAGCAAACCCGUAUAACAAAGGAUGGGUUCCAAGCAGUGCAUCAGAUCAACUUCCUAUCCCAUGUCCUACUAACCCUCCGCCUCCUCCCAUCACUAGCACGCAGUGCCGAGCCACGAGUAAUCUGCACAACAUCAUGUUACCACCAUCUAGGACUCUUCGAUCUGGACCAUGUGAAUGGCGAACCAGGCAGUCGGGGCAACGAUUAUCGGAACAAUAAGCUCUACUUCCAAAUGUGGGUUGUAGAGAUGCAGUCCCGACUCCUCAAACGACCAGAGUACCUCCACAUCACAAUCAACGGCGUCCACCCCGGCUUUGUGGCAUCGGGGAUAUGGGACGGUCUUGCGAAUGCGGGUGGGACGCCGAGUGGACUAAAUUUGCUUUUGCGAUAUGUUGCUAUCACGACGCAGCAGGGUGGAUUGGCUAUUUCUCAUGCGGCUACUAGUGCGGAGUUUGGACCAGAUCCUAAGAGGCAGGGUGUUAGUGCGGGAAAUGGGCGUGGGGGUGGGAAAUAUAUCAAUCGGAUAUGGGAAGCGCCUAUGAAAUCACAUUGUAAUGAUCCAGAGGCUAGAUCGAGGUUGUGGAUUAAACUUGAUGAAGAGCUUGGUUUACAGGAGAAGGGUCUUUUAAAGGGGUUAGGGCUUUAA